UUCAAUUGAUUUUGAAAACUGAAAUAAAUGAAGAGUUAGAUGGAGCAAUGCCUGACAAAUAUGGUGGAUGGAGCAUCGUUUCCCAUUCAAAUUGUUCCAACCUCUGGAAUGUCAUCCUCGCUGUAUGUGGCCGAGCAUUAUCCUGAUGGAAGAACACCUUUCAUCUACAAACCAAAGAUGAUCGUAUUCUGAUGGCAAGUAGGUGUCGCUGAAUGGUUGAAUGACCAAGUCCAAGCUUCUCUGCUAGUUCCUCAACAGUUACGAUUGGAUUUUGUUCCACCAGGGUUUGCAGGAUGUUCUCGUCGAGCUCUACAGAGCUUACAGGACGAGGCUUGUCUUCUAGGCUGUAGUUUCCGUCUCGGAAUUUCUGGAACCACCGUCGACCCUGACUUACGCUUAUUGUCCGAUCCCCAUAUAUUACAUUAAUACUCCUCGCACUUUCCGUUGCGUUGUUCCCUUUAUCGAACUCAUAAAGCAAAAUAUGCCGAAUAUGCUCCUUUGUCACUUCCAUUAUAGCUUUGAAAAAAUAACUGUUAAAGUCGAACUGUACUCUUCAAAACUUGCUCUAUGAAUAAGUACAAGAUAAACUUACUACCUGCUUUUAUAGCAAGUUGAUACAGGUAGUUUAUCCCGCCCCCUUCCGACUUUUAGUUCAUGCAAUUGGAAAAAACACACAUUAUUUAUGGGAUGGUCCAACAUAUAUAUAUAACCUUGAACUAAAUUUGAUACAUCAUACAACCGUAGAGAUCUUCAAGUUCUUCAUAAGACCAUAGUGGUAGGGACUUAUUUGCGAGGGCGUGGGCUUGCUUAAAAACAACAACAAAAGAACAAAAGGAAAGUCAGUCUAUCUCGCAUAAGCAACAGGAAAUAGCCGUCAGUGUUGCUCCAUUUACUGUCGUUAAGUCACAAAUAAUUUUGCCCGAUGUUUUCACUCAAAAUCCUCACUUUGAAUUGCUGGGCCUUCCCCUUCCCAUGGAUGUGUAAGGACAAGGAGUUUAGGAUUAAAAGCCUUGCGAAAGCCCUGUCAGAAAGUGAAUAUGAUAUCAUUUUACUCCAAGAGAUUUGGUGCACGUCUGACUUUGAAUAUUUACAGUUAAUUAUUUCAAAUAAAUUACCAUAUUCCCACUAUUUUUACAGUGGCAGUUUUGGCAGUGGUAUGUGUGUCUUCACAAAAUACCAAAUCAACGAUGUUCUCUAUUUCAAUUUUCGUCUAAAUGGCUAUGCACAUAAGUUACAGCAUGGUGACUGGUUUGCUGGCAAAGGAGUUGGUCUUAUCAAAGUUGAAGCCAAUGGCUUCAAGAUCAACAUCUACAUAACACAUAUCCAUGCAGAGUAUAAUAAAGAUAAUGACGAAUAUUUCACUCAUCGUUUGAUACAGUCAUUUCAACUUAGCCAGUUUAUAAAACAGACUUCAGAGAAAUGUGAUGCUGUCUUUGUUGGCGGAGACUGUAAUAUGGAAUCAAACUCCCUCAAUUACAAAAUCCUUACUACCAAUGCCAUGUUAAAUGAUGCGUGGUUGAAAAAGCCUGAUGUCAUUGAUGAGGAAUUUGCUAGCACCUGUGAGCUACCUGACAACUGUUAUACUAGUGCUGCUUCCAAACUGACAUUUCCAGGUGGCAUAAGGAUUGACUAUCUGCUGUUUCGAGCUAAUUCAGGUACUAUUGCUGCUGCUGCUACUGCUACUACUACUACUGCUCCUACUACUACUACUACUACUACUACUACUACUACUACUACUACUACUACCUCCAUCACCACCACCACCACUUUUGCCAUUGUUGCAUCAUCAUUCAUCAUCAGAACCAUCAUUGUCAUCACCACUACUAGAACCACAUAAAAGCACCUGUGCCAGGGCUGCAUAGAAACACCUGUGUGCCAGUGGCAUGUCAAAACACCCAUGCAAGUACCACGUUAAAACACCUGUGCCAGCUCCACUUAAAAGCCCCUGUAAUGGUGCUAUGUAAAAGCACCUUUGAGAGUGCCACGUAUAAUGCACCAACGCUGAUACCUUGUAAAGAGCACCCAACACACUCUGUAAAGUGGCUGGCACUAUGAAGGGCUUCCCGUUGUAGCAAAUCACACCAAAACAGACAAUUGGAGCUUGGAGCUGCUCUUCGGCUGGCCAGCUCCUGUCAAAACAUCCAAACCAUGCCAGCAUAGAAAACAGAUGUUAAAUGAUGAUGAUGAUUUCCUGUGCUGGUAUGGGUCAGAUGGAAUUCAUUGAGGCAGAUUUUCAACUUUGGUUUGUAUCCUU